CAUUAAAAAAAAAAGCUUUGAUAGUUACGGGCAGUGCGGGGGGUUGUACUUCGUCUGUUAUUUUCAUUAAAUAUUUCAAUAUAAAUAAUAUUUUAAGUAGAAAUAAUAUAAACUAAGUAAAAUGGAUGAGAAAGGAAGAAAAGUCAUUGUUUGCGACAACGGCACAGGCUUCGUGAAGUGUGGAUAUGCGGGGAGCAACUUCCCAGCCUUCAUUUUCCCGUCGAUGGUCGGUCGGCCGAUCAUCAGGGCGGAGAAUAAGAUCGGAGACAUUGACGUAAAGGCUUUCAAUCAGGAGGAUGUGGAAGUUAUGGACUUAAUGGUUGGAGAUGAAGCAUCCAAACUCAGGUCUAUGCUGGAAGUCAGUUAUCCUAUGGAGAAUGGAGUGGUCCGCAACUGGGAGGACAUGUGUCACGUGUGGGACUACACGUUCGGGCCCAGCAAGAUGAACGUGGACCCCAAGGAGACCAAGAUAUUGCUCACUGAGCCACCGAUGAACCCCACCAAGAAUAGAGAGAAGAUGAUUGAGGUAAUGUUCGAGAAGUACGAGUUCGACAGCGCGUACAUCGCCAUCCAGGCGGUGCUCACGUUGUACGCGCAGGGACUCAUAUCCGGAGUGGUCGUCGACUCGGGUGACGGCGUAACUCACAUCUGCCCGGUGUACGAGGAGUUUGCGCUGCCACAUCUGACGCGGCGGCUCGACAUCGCCGGCAGGGAUAUCACCCGGUAUCUCAUCAAGCUGCUCCUCCUCCGAGGGUACGCGUUCAACCACUCGGCGGACUUCGAGACGGUGCGCAUGAUGAAGGAGAAGCUCUGCUACAUCGGGUACAACAUCGAGCAGGAGCAGCGACUGGCGUGGGAGACCACCGUGCUCGUGGAGCCCUAUGUUUUACCAGACGGCCGUGUGAUCAAAGUGGGAGGAGAGAGGUUCGAGGCCCCGGAGGCACUGUUCCAGCCACAUCUCAUCAACGUGGAGGGGCAGGGCAUCGCUGAGCUCGUCUUCAAUACUAUACAGGCGGCGGACAUAGACAUGCGCAACGAGUUGUACAAGCACAUCGUCCUGUCGGGGGGCUCCACCAUGUACCCGGGGCUGCCGUCGCGGCUCGAGCGGGAGAUCAAGCAGCUCUACCUCGAGAGGGUGCUCAAGAACGACUGCGAUAAGUUGGCUAAAUUCAAGAUCCGCGUCGAAGACCCGCCGCGACGCAAGGACAUGGUGUUCAUAGGCGGCGCCGUGCUCGCCGAGGUCUGCAAGAACAGGGACAACUUCUGGCUCUCUAGGAACGAGUACUUAGAGCAGGGUAUCUCCUGCCUAAGGAAGCUGGGUCCUCGCGCCAGUUAAUGACUGAAUCACAUACUUAACUACUUCUUAUGUAUAUAGGCGGCGAGACGGUACCGACAUAAUAUAUUCAAUCUUAUUACUAUGAUAUAAGACUUAAAAUAAUUUGAAAGACACCAUUUUUAAAUAGAAACUAAUUUAACUUUCCUCAUGAAUCACUCUCUAAUUAACUGCUAUACUCAGAGACAUUUAAUGAUUACUUAAACUAUUCCUUAGUAAUGAUUUUGUUUCGAAAACAAUUGCUAUAGACUGUUAAGUAACCAUUAAAUAACUCUGAGUGCGGUAGUAAGACAGUUUAGUAGCUAAUUAUGUUUUACAGCUUGACUCGACUAGUUUCGAGCCACACUCGGGGCUCAUAGUUAUGAGCAGAAUAGCGCAACUCUUACUUUUUCCAGUUAUCUAGUUAAAAAGUUACAUGGGUAGACUGUAAAACACAAUUAUUGUUUUUUUUUAGUUAUUCACGAUCAGAUAUCGUUAAAUUGUCGUGUAUCAGCCGCCAUAACGAUUCAAAGUAUUCCGUUAUUUUAUUUCGAUUGUAAGUCUAGCUUGUAUAGAAUCAAUGAUUUUAUUAUUUCUAUUAUUAUAAAUAAAUAAAUAAAUAAUUUUUGUAUAUCAACUUUUAAUAUUAAUGUCCUUUUUGUUUAAAAUUUCCAUUGUUUUAAAAAGUUUGGGCAUAGUAUGUUGGUAAAUAUGAUAAAAAAACAAUGUUUUGUAAUCACGAUCUCGAAAACAGCUGUAACGAAUGAGAUGAAACUUUGCAAUAUUAGGUAGAUGGAUGUCAAGAUAUGCUAAAUUAAAUUUAUACAUGUAAACAGUUUUUUCACUCACUAAUUCAGUUUAUUGUUUUGUACUAAACUUGAAAAAUGUAUCGAAAGAAUUGUAUCUGUACUGUGGAUUUCUUUAUAGGAAGGUAUCGUAAUAUAUCUGGGUUUAAAAUUAGUUUUGUAUUUUAAUUUAGCCGAGUUGAACUUAGCAAUUUAGCCCAAGUUUGUCUUAUAAAGUUAAAAAAAAAUGUUUCAUUUUUUUAACACAAACCAAUAUACUAUGCACAAACUUUAAUUUAUAAUGCAUUUAAAUGUAACAUAUAACCGCCGUACUCAGAGUCAUUUAAUGGUUACUUAACCCAGUCCUUAGUUUCCAGUUUUCGGAACAAAAUCGUUAUUAAGGAACAGUUUAAGUAAUCAUUAAAUGUAUCUGAGUGCGACAGUAAGACCCUUACCAAUAACUUAUUAAAAAUGUAAUCAAGAGAUUAAAAAAACUGUAGUUAGACAUUGAUUUCAAUCUUAGAUAAUAGAAAAUCGACAAUUUGUACUCUAUUUUAAGUUUUUCACCAUCACUGGUGAUUUCUUAGCAAUAAUCCCCACGCUUGGCAGUCAGAUUGGGGAUCACUGAUCACCGAAAAUUUAAAGGAUGGUGCUGCCCGUACCGAAGAUGUGUGACUUUUAUUUAUAAUUAAAAUGUGAGAAAAUUAGGUGAAGGAUUGCUGUUUUAGUGAAAAUUAAUAAAAUUUUAAUAAAAUAAAAAAUAUACUCGGUUUUCGGUUAUUGUGAGACUGCUUAUAAACAAAUUGCAAUAAAUAUAAUUUGAUUAGAAACUCCUAUAUUUUGGAAUCUGUUAAAAAUCAAUCCAUAACUAACUUAUAUGGGUGAAUUACGAUCAUUUUGUUAAUUCAAUAUUUAAAUAAUUUUCAAAUAAUAGUUAAGGAAGGUAGCAACUUGACUAGUUUCAGUAGCAGCGCGUCAAUCGCACAAUUAAAUAAUACAUUAUUUUCAAUAACUUUUUCAAAAUCUUAAACUAUUUCUUCCCUACUAAAGUAUGAUAUGAAAACUUCAGUCAAAAUAAUGUCACAAUGCUCAGGUAACUGCCAAACAGACGAAUGAAUAAUGUAAAUGUAAUAAUAAUAAUAAAUGAUUGUAUGAUUUUGUAAUUACACAACGUAAAAUAAAAUAAUUAUAUACCUAAA